AUGGCUCAAUUUGUACUGAUCAAUGUUCUUGUUGCUGUACUCAUGAAAAAACUUGAAGAUUCAAACGAGACGAUAGAUACUAAUGCUGAAAUGGAUGAAGAAAUUGAACAACAACUUGAACCUGAUGUACAUGAUAGAAAUAUUGUUGAACAAUCAUUACUAGACGUGAAUGCACUUCAUGUAAAAGAAAAAGUCAUAUUGACGAAGCUAUAA